AUGUUUGCACUUCAACCUCUGGAGAAAAAUCACUUCCCUCAGUCAACUGCCCGACGUUUUGCUACAACAUUUGCCCUUCAGAUAAUCGUCCAAGAUAAGAUAAGAUCUUGUUCUACGUCAUUCUACUGCGCUGCACGCGAUUGCACUUCUUGGACCAUCACCAACUGCUACAAUUGCUACGCUCUACACUCUACCACGAACGUACUAGAACAAGCAAGGGCAUAUUUCCUCAACAUGGGAACUUUAUCAUCGACAAUCAAUCGAGAAAUUGAAGACGGCGAUUCGAGUGCAGAAGAGAACGCUCCAACUGCAGAAGAUUACGUUCCAACAGCGGAAGAUGUAUUUAAUGUCAGGCACGGGCUCCUUCGGAAAGUACCACCUGAACUCGCCAACGAUAUUCUGGAAGAAGGACGAUAUUGGCCCAAAGCUACAGCGGUAUUUCGGCCGCAUCAAGACGUUGCGGUUUCUGCAAGUGACGCCCCGAACAUCAAUGCCGCAAGGGUCUUGAUCCUGACACCUACGUUGGCGGAUUGGAUUGGCAUCGAUAUGCCAGUGAAAAUGCGUGAGCUAUCUAUCAAGAUCGAGAGCCACGACCAAGGAUGGUGUGGUGAGGACCCAAACCUUCCACCUUACGCUGCUUCGUGGACAUGGUUCGAAGCGGCCAUAGUUCGAGAUUCCGCUUAUUCCAACUCGAAUCCCGAGACAAACUCUGAAAUCAAGCGUUUCCUAGAGAACACUGACAGGAGCACUCGGAGCCCCAGCAUUCAGACAGCCAGAAACCCACAAUCGACAUACGAUCCGGACGUUUGGGUUAUCCAGAGAAACGUCCGUGCAUCCAAGGGCCAUACGACACACGACAUCCUCUGGACGGCUGAGAACGUCGAUGAUGUUGAGACAAGGGAGUCGCUUGAUGAUACAGGUGCGGGACGGGGUGCGGGAUUCGUCAGUUCGCUAGAGAUGGGCGAUAGGUUAGCGAUCAUAGCGAGAGCGAGGUUUCCUGGCUGGGUGAACACGAUAAAGAGAAUUGAAUUACAAUUUCGUUAUUCCAUUUGA